UGUUUAUUUCCGGUUGUCUAUCUAUCACUAUCGAUUGUUCUAAGUUGCGAUACUAGAUUGUCUAGAUCUAGAUCUAAAUCUAGUACUAGAUUCUAGAUCUAGACUGUAACUACUAGAUUCUACUACUACUAUUCUAGUAGUGCUAGACAAAGACUAGGUCUAGAAUCGGAAACAUUUAUUGCCAUCAUUUGGAAAUUUAUCUCCAUUAUUUAUGAAUAAGUUUAACUAAGAGAAAAUGAAUACAUUGAAAGGGAGACAAAUACUAACAUUCUCAUUAGGAUGGAUAUCUUAUGCAUCUACAUACUUCUUACGCAAACCGUUAGGAGUGAUCAAGGCUGAUCUUCAAACAAUAAUGAACUUAUCCACUGCAGAACUUGGUUGGUUAGACACAGCGUUACUCUUCCCAUAUGCCUUCAUGCAGAUGAUCCUGGGUCCAUUAGGUGAUAAGUUUGGAACACGGACAACCUAUGGUGUGUGUUUGAUGCUGUCAGCUUUGUCUAUGAUUUCUUUUGGAUACUUUUCUAGUUUUGCAGUUUGGUUUUUACUCCUGUUUUUGAAUGGAACAGCACAAUCUCAGUGCUGGCCAAAUUGUACUAAAGGACUUUUAUGUUGGUUUUCUGAUGCUGUGAAAAAUUCAAUGUUUGGCAUGUUUGGGACUUGUGCUUUUGCUGGAGGAAUAGUUGGAACCAUGUUGUCAGUGUACCUGCAACAUUCCUUUGGUUGGCGUUCUGUUUACUUUUAUCCUUCCAUUUUUGUGUUUGCUAUGGGCUUUCUGGUUUUGAUUCUGUACAAACAGCCAAAUGAAGUUGGUAUUGAAGUGCCUGGGAGAAGUGCAGAUAAAAUUCCUUUAGAUAAGAGUCAGGGUCCAGUUGAACAGCCAAAAAUGUUAGACUUGUGGCGACUUCCAAUGAUACCAGAAGUCUCAGUCGCUGUCUUUUGCCUUAAAGUUGUUCGCUACUGCAUGUAUAUGUGGCUACCUAUGUAUUUGUUACAAGCUUUGAACUAUUCCAAAAAUAGUGCUGGUAUCUUCUCCACUGUGUUUGAGGUGGGAGGUGUAACAGGCAGUGCCUUGAUUGGGUUUGCUUUAGACAGAUAUUACAAAGGCAACACCUUGAGGGGGAUUGCAUUGUUUGUAUUGAUAUCUACUGUGGCUCUAGUACUUUUUAUCAUAACCAGUUCCUGGGGUGUAUUUAUCAAUUCAGUUUUUAUGUUUAUUGCUGGAGCUUUCAAUGCUGGACCUGACAUUCUAUUGUGUGGUACAGUUCCUGCUGAACUGAUUGAGAAGCACAACAAAAAUGCUGCUGCAGCUACAAUAGCUUUAGUUAAUGGUUUUGGCAGUAUAGGAACAUGUAUUGAAGGACCUAUAAUUGGAGUUAUAACAGAUUAUGCUGGCUGGGGUGGUAUGUUUCCUCUUAUGAUUGGAUUAUCUACCCUUGGCGCCUUAGCUACAUACAGGGCAGCAGCUAUUCAUGGACGAGUGAACUCCGGUACAACAGAUUUUAUUGAUGGAGUUUAAAAUAGUACUGUCAAGAUUGUAAAAAUCAAGGUUGUAUAUGUAAUGAUUAAAACAUCUAUGCAGACAUUUAUCAUUUAGUAAUUGCUUGUACAUUGGUUCAAGUUCCUAUCAGUGCUGCUCAGUAGAGCUAUACUGUGAUGGCAUGGAGCAUUUUUGAAUGGAAUUUUCUGUUAAUAGAUUUGAGAAUUUUCCGAGCAUGUUCUUCUCAAAUGGUGAUAAUGAAAUCUUACUCUUAAAUUAUUUGUCUGAGUGAGGAUUUCAGUCUGGGUGUCAUUCUUUAAUAUAAUGUAAUGUUGGGUGUCAUUGUUAUGCUGGAUGUCUUCAUAUAUUUUAGUGCUAAACUUAAGUUAUUAUAAAAAAUUAUGCUGUAUACAAUCAAUCACAUUGACUUCAUUUUUGUCUAGUACUAAUUAAUAUUCUUUUGUAUUGCAUUCCCUCUUAAGGUUGAAUUUAUUAACAUUAAUUUCUCUUCACCUGUUUUUGACAUAUUUUUA